AUGCUUGAUCUUCGCGCUUUGCUCACAGCCGGGCUCUGUCUUACCGAGUCUGAAAAGAAUGCCACCGCUGCCCAGGAUCUCAAGGAUGUGCUUCGCCGACGUUUAUUGCAUUACUACGACACGAUGGAAAUGACCCCGGUGGACUUGAGCGCUGGGGAUCUUCCUGCCUUGGAACAACAGACGGCAAGGCAGGCGUUAUUCGUGUUGGAGAAUAUACACGCGAUCUUGGAGAAAGAGGACGUUCCUGUCGGUACCCGAGAUCUUUCAGAGCUGCGCGCGCUUGUUGCGAUUACGUUCAAGUGGGGACUCGACGCCUUACUCUCCAGUGUGAUGCUGGCCUGGCCACAUGAAACUCCGAAGCUGCAACCUCAAAUCAUCGAUUUGACGAACGCGCCCGAGGAUUUCAACUCUCUGUGCGAUAUCGUUAUGCGUCUGUUAAGAAUGGUGCUGUCGGAUCCCCCGACAUUUGUGUCGAUGACGGUAUUGAAUCGGCAUCUGGACCAACUCUUGCGUGCUUGCAUAUCCAUCGGUUGGAUUCCUCGCUCGCUAUGUCCUCCAGAGGUGACGCCGCCUUUGCUACGAGCCGAAGUCGGGCGCCUUUUGCAGAGCAUGCCUUCGUCUCAAACCAUCGCAGCGCUGGGAUCAGUGCUCUCGAUGCAACCAUGUCCCACCCACGUGAGAAAGACCUGCUCUGUGCUGUUGAGCAAGCAACUCGCGCGGCCAGACGGUAUCCGUGGAUUAUGUGCUUCCGUCUUCGGGGAAAAUGUCGAAGACGCACCCUUGGAGAAGAUUGAACAUGUAGCUCGGGUGCUGACGACCGCGCCGUCUGGGACUGCUCUCGAAGACUACUUUUCUGCGACGACACCUCGAUUAUUAGACUUGUUGUCAGACCGAGUCCCUGUAGCUUUCAGACGUGCGGCGGCAUUCUCUAUUUCGCGCAUGCUUUCGAUGUCUGCUGCCUCGGUCGUUUUGGCAUCCAUCCACCCUUCGUUUCUCUCCUUCCACCCCAGCGUCAGUCCUCGAAUAAUGCUAUCGACAAUAACGUCGCUACUUACCAACACCGAUCCGUCGCCUUCGCUGGUCUCUUCUCUUCUGUUCCCCAUUGCGUCAGCCUUGUAUUCACUGCUCUAUCACGUGGACCAACUGAAGACUUCCGAUCCCUCCCUAAAGGAAACAUUACAAGGGCAUCUCGCGACAUGGGCUAGACUGACUGAAACGACCGAAGUUGUUGCUGUGCUCUGGUCAGAUAAGCCAGCAAAGUUGGACUUUAUCACCCCAAACGACGAGGAGUUCGAUGUCGAUACUAAUAUCCUCGAACUCUACCCGGAUCCUGCUCACUUUGCAGGCUUUCUGAAGUUUAUCCAGCGAAUGGAGAUAUCGUCCGAACUGUUUGUGCGUCUGCUGGAGAAUUACCGAAGAUCGAAAAGUGAGAAUGGUGAUCCUAUGCGAACCUUAUUAUAUCUGCAACUCGUUGUUCAAAUGCAAACUCAGCUUGCAGAUGGACCUUCCACUAUCCUUGGCAACCCCAGCCACAUUCUAUCCUUCGUCAGACAUGUUCUAGAGACCAAGCCAGAAGAUGCGAAGGACGAGGACAGCGACAGUGAUGAUGACACUCCCAACGCUGAGAUCAUCGGACCCGACGAUGAGAUGACAGAGACUGCCGUCAAUUUACUACUGGCGGUUUUGGAAGGUACAUCAUUUGCGAAUCUGCCGUGCCUAGAUUUGACUGGAGUAGCCAAUAGCGAACUCUCUGCAAGAAACAACGCUGAUUUGGAGGCGAUAUUCUCGCUGCUCGAACCUCUUUCGCUGCGCGGGCCUACUUCUAUCUUGGCAUUGGCCAGAGAAGCCAGGAUGGUUCUCACUGCUCGACUGGCGGCUGGCACUUCGUCAAAACCCAGCCGCGGCCGGGAUGGCGAUGUUCAAGCUGUCUAUCAAAAGGCUUUGAAAUUGCUGCAGGACCCGAUCAUGCCUGUCAGAGCCCAUGGCCUUCUCAUGCUACGGGAACUGGUCUCUGCCAAACAAGGCGAGGGCGAUCCAGCCCUUGUGCCUGCCAUUCUGUCGAUCUUCUUACAAUCCGUGCAGGACGACGACUCGUACAUGUUCUUGAACGGGGUGCAAGGGCUCGCUGCUAUGGUCGACGUGCAUGGCAAGGAUGUGCUCAGGGGCCUGGUCAAAGAAUACGUCAAAGGAACCGACGCUCUCGGUGCCAGCGCCCUCACAACACGUGAUGUCGAUAUACGCACCCGUAUUGGGGAAGCACUUGGGUCUGUCAUCAAGAGAUGUGGUUCCGCCUUGCCAUCGUAUGCGGACAUCCUUGUCCCACCGUUGUUCCAAUUGGUUAGAUCUCCUCAAGUUCCCGUUCCGCUCCGAACCUCUGCCUUGGCCCUAUUGGGCGAUUGCGAAAGCACCAGCCCGUUGGCCCUAGCCAAUAUGUGA